AUGUGGGGCGCCCCGGACGAGAGCUCCGUGCGGGUGGCUGUCAGAAUAAGACCACAACUUGCCAAAGAAAAGAUUGAAGGAUGCCAUAUUUGUACAUCAGUCACACCAGGAGAACCUCAGGUCUUCCUGGGGAAAGACAAAGCCUUUACUUUCGAUUAUGUGUUUGACAUUGACUCCCAGCAAGAACAGAUCUACACUCAUUGCAUAGAGAAACUAAUUGAAGGCUGUUUUGAAGGAUACAAUGCUACAGUGUUUGCUUAUGGACAAACUGGAGCUGGUAAAACGUACACCAUGGGAACAGGAUUUGAUGUUAACAUCAUCGAGGAGGAGCAAGGUAUUAUUUCUCGUGCGGUUAAACACCUUUUCAAGAGCAUUGAAGAAAAAAAACACACCGCAAUGAAAAAUGGGCUUCCUCCUCCAGAUUUUAAAGUGAAUGCACAAUUCUUAGAGCUGUACAAUGAAGAGGUCCUUGACUUAUUUGAUACCACACGUGAUAUUGAUGCAAAAAAUAAAAAAUCAAACAUAAGAAUUCAUGAAGACUCAACUGGAGGAAUUUAUACUGUGGGAGUCACAACACGAACUGUGAAUACAGAAUCAGAGAUGAUGCAGUGUUUGAAGCUGGGUGCUUUGUCCCGGACCACAGCUAGCACGCAGAUGAAUGUUCAGAGCUCUCGCUCACAUGCCAUCUUUACCAUCCACUUGUGUCAAACCAGAAUGUGUCCCCAAAUAGACGCUGAAAAUGCUACCGACAACAAGGUGAUUUCUGAAUCAUCACAGAUGAAUGAAUUUGAAACCCUGACUGCAAAGUUCCAUUUCGUUGAUCUGGCAGGAUCAGAAAGACUGAAGCGAACUGGAGCCACAGGCGAGAGGGCAAAAGAAGGCAUUUCCAUCAACUGUGGACUUCUGGCACUUGGCAAUGUAAUCAGUGCAUUGGGAGACAAGAGCAAGAGGGCCACCCAUGUCCCCUACCGAGAUUCAAAGCUGACAAGACUGCUCCAGGAUUCCCUCGGGGGUAACAGCCAAACAAUCAUGAUAGCAUGUGUCAGCCCUUCAGACAGGGACUUUAUGGAAACUUUAAAUACCCUCAAAUAUGCCAAUCGAGCUAGAAAUAUCAAGAACAAGGUGAUGGUCAAUCAGGACAGAGCUAGUCAGCAGAUCAAUGCACUCCGCAGUGAGAUCACACGACUUCAGAUGGAGCUCAUGGAGUACAAAACAGGAAAAAGAAUAAUUGAUGAGGAGGGAGUGGAAAGCAUCAAUGACAUGUUUCAUGAGAAUGCUAUGCUACAGACUGAGAACAACAACCUGCGUGUGAGAAUUAAAGCCAUGCAGGAGACGGUGGAUGCACUGAGGACCAGAAUCACCCAGCUUGUUAGUGAUCAGGCCAACCAGGUUCUUGCCAGAGCAGGGGAAGGGAAUGAGGAGAUCAGUAAUAUGAUUCACAGUUAUAUCAAAGAAAUUGAAGAUCUCAGGGCAAAGUUAUUAGAAAGUGAAGCAGUAAAUGAGAACCUUCGGAAGAACUUGACAAGAGCCACAGCAAGAUCACCGUAUUUCAGUGGACCAUCCUCUUUCUCUCCAGCUAUACUGUCCUCAGACAAGGAGACCAUUGAAAUUAUAGACCUAGCUAAGAAAGAUUUAGAGAAGCUGAAAAGGAAAGAAAAGAAGAAGAAGAAAAGUGUGCCUGGUAAAGAGGAUAAUGCAGACACUGACCAAGAGAAAAAAGAAGAAAAGGGUAUUUCAGAAAGAGAAAACAAUGAAUUAGACAUGGAAGAAAAUCAAGAAGUGAGUGACCAUGAGGAUGAGGAAGAGGAGGAGGAGGAAGAAGAUGAUGACAUCGAAGGGGGUGAAAGCUCUGAUGAAUCAGAUUCUGAGUCAGAUGAAAAAGCCAAUUAUCAAGCAGACUUAGCAAACAUUACUUGUGAAAUUGCAAUCAAGCAAAAGCUGAUUGAUGAACUAGAAAAUAGCCAGAAAAGACUGCAGACACUGAAAAAGCAAUAUGAAGAGAAGCUAAUGAUGUUACAACAUAAAAUUCGGGACACACAGCUUGAAAGAGACCAGGUGCUUCAAAACUUAGGCUCAGUGGAAUCUUACUCAGAAGAAAAGGCCAAAAAAGUGAGAUCUGAAUAUGAAAAGAAGCUCCAAGCCAUGAAUAAAGAAUUGCAGAGACUUCAGACAGCCCAGAAAGAGCAUGCAAGACUGCUUAAAAACCAGUCUCAAUAUGAAAAACAAUUGAAGAAAUUGCAGCAGGAUGUGAUGGAAAUGAAAAAAACAAAGGUUCGCCUAAUGAAACAAAUGAAAGAGGAACAAGAAAAAGCCAGAUUGACAGAGUCUAGAAGAAACAGAGAGAUUGCUCAAUUGAAAAAAGACCAACGUAAAAGAGAUCAUCAACUUAGACUUCUGGAAGCCCAAAAAAGAAACCAAGAAGUGGUUCUGCGUCGCAAAACUGAAGAGGUUACAGCUCUCCGUCGGCAAGUAAGGCCCAUGUCGGAUAAAGUGGCUGGGAAGGUCACGCGGAAGCUGAGCUCCUCCGACACCCCCGUUCCGGACACAGGUUCCAGUGCAGCUGCUGCAGAAACAGAUGCGUCAAGGGCAGGAGCUCAGCAGAAAAUGAGAAUUCCUGUGGCAAGAGUCCAGGCCUUACCCACGCCCGCAACCAAUGGAACAAGAAAAAUAUAUCAGAGAAAAGGGUUGACCGGCCGGGUGUUUACUUCCAAGACGGCACGCAUGAAGUGGCAGCUACUUGAACGCAGAGUCACGGACAUCAUCAUGCAGAAGAUGACGAUUUCCAACAUGGAGGCUGACAUGAAUAGGCUUCUCAAGCAACGGGAAGAACUCACAAAAAGAAGAGAGAAGCUUUCCAGAAGAAGGGAAAAGAUAGUCAAGGAGAGUGGAGAGGGAGAUAAAAAUGUGGCCAACAUCAAUGAGGAGAUGGAGUCACUAACUGCGAAUAUAGAUUACAUCAACGACAGCAUUUCUGAUUGUCAAGCCAACAUCAUGCAGAUGGAAGAAGCAAAGGAAGAAGGAGAAACCCUGGAUGUCACCGCAGUCAUUAAUGCUUGCACACUUACGGAAGCGCGGUACCUGUUAGGUCACUUCUUGUCAAUGGGCAUCAAUAAGGGUCUCCAGGCUGCCCAGAAAGAGUCUCAAAUUAAAGUACUUGAAGGUCGGCUUAAGCAAACAGAAAUAACCAGUGCGACACAAAAUCAACUCUUAUUCCACAUGUUGAAAGAGAAAGCAGAGUUAAAUCCUGAGCUGGAUGCUUUACUGGGCCAUGCUUUACAAGAUCUAGAUAGCGUACCUUUAGAAAAUGUAGAGGAUAGUAGUGAUGAGGAUGCACCUUUAAACAGCCCAGGAUCAGAAGGAAGCACACUGUCUUCAGACCUGAUGAAGCUUUGUGGAGACGUGAAACCUAAAAGCAAGGCCCGAAGGAGAACCACCACUCAGCUGGAAUUGCUGUACGCAGAUAGCAGUGAACUAGCUUCAGACACUAGCGCAGGAGAUGCUGCCUUGGCUGGCCCUCUCCCAGCUGCUGCAGAAGGGCACGAGAGUGGGAUGAAUGCAGAGACAAGUACUACUUCUGCUAGGGAAAAAGAACUCCCUCCCCCAUCUGGCUUCCCUUCUAAGAUAGGCAGCAUUACCAGAUCUUCAUCUCUAUCAGAGAAAAAACUACCAGAGCCUUCCCCUGUAACCAGGAGAAAGGCCUAUGAGAAAGCAGAAAAAUCAAAGGCCAAGGAACAAAAACACUCAGAUUCUGGAACCUCAGAGGCUAGUCUUUCACCUCCUUCUUCCCCACCAAGCCGGCCCCGUAAUGAACUGAAUGUGUUUAAUCGUCUUACUGUUUCUCAGGGAAACACAUCAGUUCAGCAGGAUAAGGGCAUAAUCAACCCAUGUCCUGCCUCAAAAGGAAUCAGAGCUUCUGCCCUUCAGUGUGUUCACAUAGCUGAGGGGCACACGAAAGCCGUGCUCUGUGUGGAUUCCACCGACGACCUCCUCUUCACCGGAUCAAAAGAUCGUACUUGUAAAGUAUGGAAUCUAGUGACUGGGCAGGAGAUAAUGUCACUGGGAGGUCAUCCCAAUAAUGUCGUGUCUGUAAAAUACUGUAAUUAUACAAGCCUGGUCUUCACUGUGUCAACAUCUUAUAUUAAGGUGUGGGAUAUCAGAGAUUCAGCAAAGUGUGUUCGAACACUGACAUCUUCAGGUCAAGUUACUCUCGGAGAUGUUUGCUCUGCCAGUACCAGCCGGACGGUAGCUAUUCCUUCCGGAGAGAACCAGAUCAAUCAAAUUGCACUGAACCCAACUGGCACUUUCCUGUAUGCGGCUUCUGGCAAUGCUGUCAGAAUGUGGGAUCUCAAAAGGUUCCAAUCUACCGGAAAGUUAACGGGACACCUAGGCCCUGUGAUGUGCCUUACUGUAGAUCAGAUUUCCAAUGGACAAGAUCUAAUCAUCACUGGCUCCAAGGAUCAUUACAUCAAAAUGUUUGAUGUAACUGAAGGGGCUCUUGGAACUGUGAGUCCCACCCACAAUUUUGAGCCCCCUCAUUACGAUGGCAUUGAGGCGCUAACCAUACAAGGGGAUAACCUAUUUAGUGGGUCCAGAGACAAUGGAAUCAAGAAAUGGGACUUAGCACAAAAAGACCUUCUUCAGCAAGUUCCAAACGCACACAAGGAUUGGGUCUGUGCCCUGGGAGUAGUGCCAGGCCACCCGGUCUUGCUCAGUGGCUGCAGAGGGGGCAUUCUGAAACUCUGGAAUGUGGAUACUUUUGUGCCAGUUGGAGAGAUGAAGGGCCAUGAUAGCCCUAUCAAUGCCAUAUGUGUGAAUUCCACCCACAUUUUUACUGCAGCUGACGAUCGAACUGUGAGAAUUUGGAAGGCUCGCAAUUUGCAAGAUGGUCAGAUCUCUGACACAGGAGAUCUGGGUGAAGAUAUUGUCAGUAAUUAA